AUGGCCUCUCUAUUCGACCUCACCCGUUCCACCCUCUCCUUCUACUCUGUUCCUGCUGCCUUCAUCCUACAAUUCCUUCCCAAUGCCUGGGCUAUGGUCGCCGCUGGCCGCAACUACGAUCUCUGCUAUCCCAGGAGGAUGGAGGAGACCUGCAACAAGGAUCAGUCCCUGGACAAGGCUUCUCUUACCCGCAUUCUCCGCGCCAAAGCCGCUGCGAACAACGGUCUCGAGUCCAUCGGCUUCUACGCCGGCGGUAUCGCCGCCGCCAACGCCGCCGGUGUCCCGGCCGAGACCAUCAACUCUCUCGCCAUCGCUUAUAUCGGUCUCCGCAUUGUCUACAACUUCAUCUACAUCAUCCUCCAGGCAAACCGCAACUUCGCCCCCCUCCGGACGCUUACCUGGAUGACCAGCAUCGGCGUCAUCUCCAGCCUGUACAUCAAGGCCGGUAAUCUCAUUGCCGCUGCUUAA